AUGAGAGUCCCUGCGCUGUUCCCGAAGGGCGGCCUUCUCUUCGGCGCUUUCGUAGUAGCCGUUCAGCUGUGGUCUUCGGCGCAGUGCACGUCAAUCAACAUCACGCUUUACUACGAAGGGUUAUGUGGAGACUGCCACGACUUCUUUCUCGACCAACUGUGGCCAACCUACAACAAGCUCGAGGAGUACCUUCACGUCGACCUCGUGCCUUUCGGGAAAGCCCAUAUGAAGGUCGCUAACGGCACUGCCACGUUCCAAUGCCAGCACGGCCCUCAGGAGUGCUACGUCAACGAGGUGCAGACAUGCGCCGUCAAGUACGUGCACCCGGUCAGGAAGCUUCUGGACUUUGUCGCAUGCAUGUUCCGUCAAGAUGACCCCACCAAGGCGGGCAAGCCGUGCGCGGAGAAAGUUGGAACCUACUGGCCAGUACUGGACAAGUGCAGCCGGGGGCCUGAGGGUGAACAGCUCCUCCGUGAGAUGGGUGAGAGAACGUUAGCACUGAAGCCUCCAAUGAAGUGGGUGCCCUAUGUACAGAUCAACGGCGCGCACGACAACGUCACGGAAAGCUUGGUGGAACAUGACCUGUUCGGCUUCGCCUGCAAGCUCCUGGAACCUAGUGCCCCUAGAAUAUGCAGGCACGGUGAAUUUAGGGACUUUGACUUCUUUGCGCAGGCUUUUGGUUUCGAUAAGCAUUAG